GUAUUUCUCACUGUUCAACAUGGCGUCGGGAAAGUGAGACUUCAGCUAAUGUUAGUCAGUUUGCCCAAAGUUAGCCCGCGUCUGCUCUUUUAAAUAGAGGAAAGUUUAUUUCCACAUUGCGGUGGCAGCAGAAAUAAGUUUUCCUGUGAGUUUCGGGGUCUGAUGCUCGGCUGCAGCUGCCACAGCCGCCAUCAUGUUCACCAAAAAGAAAAAGUCUCGGAUCCAGAUCUCCUCUCCAUCAAACUUUGAGCAUCGCGUACAUACAGACUAUGACGAGCAGGAGCAAAAGUUUGUUGGUUUGCCAAGGCAAUGGCAUUCUCUCAUCGAAGACACUGCCAAAAGGCCAAAACCCUUCAUCGACGCCACGGUCAUCACUACUGUAGAGCCACGCAAGACAAUUGUGCGUGGCAGCAAGCUGGGAGUGGACGGCUCUCUGACAUGGCUGUUGGAUGAGUUUGACACCAUGUCUGUGACACGCUCCAACUCCUUGCGACGAGGCAGCCCCCCAAUCCAUCCUCGCAAGGACUCGGGCUCUUCAGGAGGAGGGGGGCAGGAGAACGGAGAUCCUCACCACAGACACCACCCACACCCGGACAGGCAAGACAGAGACCGACCCAGGCCAGACCACCAUGCAGGUGGAGGUGACCCCCGCCAGGGUCCACGUGCACUCCGCCCUCCUCAGUGGGAGGAGGGAGGUCAGGAUCGGCCUCAGCAGCAGCCCCGGGGCCAAGAGCCCAGCCGGGCCCACAGGGAUAGACCGGGCUCCGGGCCCCCUCCCCCACCUCACAGAGACAGAGAGCAUCGGGACCGGGACCAGAUGGAUCAACCAAGUGACCAAAGGCCAAAGUCCAGCUACAUGGUGCGGGACGGCAGCCCUCAGUCUCCCAGGGACAAAAGGCCUCUCUCUGGACCUAACAUCCGCACCCCUAACCUGCCAGUAUCAGAGGGGCUGAUGAAGACCACACAACAGAACACACGGCCAUUCAACACCUACCCCAGGACGGAGAGUGAGGGCGGACGCAGCCCCACGGGACAGCCUGUGCGACACCAUGAGUCUCCUCAGAACGGCCCCUCCAGCGGCUCCUCUCGAGGUUCCUCCAGCUCCACCCCUGUAAGCCACCCUCAUCACACAUCCCAUCCCAGCCUGACCCCUGAGGCUACCCAGCACCCACCCCCUCACCCAAGCGUUCCAGCCCCCCGGCCCCCAGCACCCUCUGGGCCCCCGGCCCCAGGUGCUCCGCCCCAGGGCCGCUCGCCGCAGAGGGAACCCCAGAGGGUUUCUCAUGAGCAGUUCAGAGCAGCGCUACAGAUGGUGGUGGAUCCUGGUGAUCCGAGGACCUACCUGGACCACUACAUCAAGAUAGGGGAGGGGUCCACCGGGAUCGUCUGUAUCGCCACGGUGAAGACCACCGGGAAGCUGGUGGCUGUGAAGAAGAUGGACCUGAGGAAACAACAACGCAGAGAACUCCUCUUCAACGAGGUGGUGAUCAUGCGGGACUAUCACCAUGACAAUGUGGUGGAGAUGUACAACAGCUACCUGGUAGGAGACGAGCUCUGGGUCGUCAUGGAGUUCCUGGAGGGAGGAGCUCUCACUGACAUUGUGACACACACCAGGAUGAACGAGGAGCAGAUUGCCACGGUGUGUCUGUCUGUCCUGAAGGCGCUGUCUGUCCUCCACACACAGGGUGUGAUCCACAGAGACAUCAAGAGUGACUCCAUCCUCCUCACUCAUGAUGGCCGCGUGAAGCUGUCAGACUUUGGCUUCUGUGCCCAGGUGUCUAAAGAGGUGCAGAGAAGGAAGUCUCUGGUUGGAACGCCGUACUGGAUGGCACCAGAACUCAUAUCCAGACUGCCGUAUGGACCAGAGGUGGAUAUCUGGUCUCUGGGUAUCAUGGUGAUAGAGAUGGUGGACGGGGAGCCGCCGUACUUCAAUGAGCCGCCGCUCAAAGCCAUGAAAAUGAUCCGAGACAACCUGCCUCCCAAACUGAAGAAUCUGCACAAGGUCUCCCCUCUGCUCAAGGGCUUCCUGGACAAGACGUUAGUGCGGGACCCAGCUCAGAGGUCCUCGGCCAGCGAGCUUCUCAAACACCCCUUCCUGACCAAGGCGGGGCCCCCCUCCUGCAUCGUCCCUCUGAUGAGGCAGAACAGGAUGAGAUGAGACCUGUGACACCAAGAGCUCCACACUCUGGAGGGUAGUGUGUGCAGGUUCAGAUGGAACACAAUAUUCCUGCACAAAGAGGGGGGGGGCACAGAGGUCACGGCUGAGAGCUGCAGAGAGUAAACUGGGUGUGCAGGAGUAUUCUUUUUUCCUUAUGUGAAUCACUGAACUGUAGAGGUGUACUCUUUCACAAAGAGGCAAUAAGGUGGUGUGUGUGUGUGUGUGUGUGUGUGUGUGUGUGUGUGUGUGUGUGUGUGUGUGUGUGUGUGUGUGUGUGUGUGUGUGUGUGUGUGUGUGUGUGUGUGUGUGUGUGUGUGUGUGUGUGUGUGUGCGUGCAUGUUGGCAACAGUGUUUUAUGAGUGCCACAAUUUGCCUGUCGAGUGAUUUUAUCAGAAUUCAUUUAAACGUUUUGUUUUAAUGGAAGACUUGGAAAUAUUGUGGCUGUUUUUUUAUUUUCCAUUUGGACCUUACCUGGAUUUGAAGUGUGGAGGGGGUUUGCACACCAAUCGGAUGCUUUGAAGGAGCCGUGAGCCCCAGGCUGAUUUUAGGCAUUGGCUGGGCAACAUUUUAAUCUCACCAUUCGACGGUCUGAAGAUGAAUUCUCUCACUGAAGGGCUUCUCCCGCGGACAGAUCCCAGACACUAUCCUCAUCACACCCAGAACUUACUACUGAGGGAGGACGUCUGCUGACUCAGACAUGAGUCGGACAGACUUUAGUUUGUAGCCAUAUAAAUACUAGCUUUCUGUUGUAAACAAGCAAACAUACACUAAGUCAAAAGGUAAACACUGGAGUUGUGGUUUUUUUUAAAUUUGGUUUUACUCUUAUUUCCUCCUUAUUUUCCUGUGUAAGCACAAUGAACAUAGAGAGGUAUAUCCAUUUUGAUGUUUUGCUAUCUCUUUUUUGUGAUCGUUUUAUUAUUAUAAUUAUUAUUAUGAUUUGUUUCUUGUAUUAUUUUAGAGAAAGAUGUGAUGAUUUUUGAAGCACUGUUGACGAGAGAUAGAAGCUGCACUCCCGGUUGAUUCCAGCACGCAGACACGAGACUGUAUUUAGUAUUUCUUUAGACCAGAUGGGAUCUGUUGUCCAUCCACCUCGUGAUGAAGAUAAUACACCCCCUUAACACUGAAUGGAACUACAAUUCUGACAACGCUUAUACAAAUCCCAGCCCUGUUUUAACAUUUCUCCAUUUUUUAUUUUUAGAAGAGUAGGCUGUUCCAUGACCUGUUUUCUGACUGUAAUAACUAUUUCCCCUGAAAGAGGGUUCUUCUGGUAGAAAGUGAAAAUGCUCAAAUUUGUUGUGAGUCCACGUUUGUUUGGAGUUGUUUUAUUCUGUGGUUCACAUCCUCUCUCUGACAGUCAUUGCUCUCCUUCAACAAACGCAGAGCGGCUGCUGUUCCAGGCUGCUGCUGAUUAGAGCUCUCAUCGCGUUAUUCAAUCAAUUCAUCGUUGACUUCCUCGUCAAGGCCUCUGACGGAGCGCUCCUGCAUCACCUCACGAGUGCUUCAACGCUAAAGGAAACUCUUAUAGUACUCUGCACGAAGACAUUGUGUCCUUUCAGUGUCUGCAUCGUGUGUUCUGUGACAGUGGGCCAUUGGCAGAUGACCGGGUGCUUCAGGCACAAAGCGCUUCUAUGAAAUCAAUAUGAACACUAGUUAGCAACAACUGUAAUACUAACGCGCACACGCACGAACUAAAAGAAUAAUCCCACCUGGAUUAUAGCUCUGCAGCAGUGCAAAGUGCUCGGUUCAUUUCAUGACAAUAUGUAACUAUAGCAGGUUUAUGUUUAUUGUCGGACACAAACACUCAUCAUCCAGAUCAGUCUCUGCAAAUGAAAUGUUUUUAAAUUCCAGCAGACACUAAAAAGAAAUGAAUGACACUUCAGGUCUGGUUUGUAUGCCCUGGGUCACACUGCGCCAUGUAGCGUUGGACAGACGAUGGCUGGAGAGAUGAGGCUCUGUUAUGAUUCCUCCUGAGGGUGGUUUGGCACAGAGAUGCAGAUCCACACAUUCCCCUCGCUGCUGCGGCUGUUUCCAUUCCUUCUAUGUCUUCUGUUGCAACUAAACAGGGGCUUCAAUGAUUAGGGUGGCAGAGCACAAUCGCUGUUGUCAUGAACUAUUCCACAUAUACUGCUAACAUACAGCUGUCGGUAUGCACUAAUGAUACAGUGCACAUUGUCCUCUAUUCUCCUUGUGCUCAUGUGGAACCCAGUGGCUGUGAGGGCUUGUGCAAAUAGCAGGAUGUGUUCCAAGCUAGAACUUGUUUUCUAACAAAGAUGAUCAUUGUUGCAAAGCACAGCAAUGAUGAGAGAUAGUCAAUCCGCCCUAAGGUGCUCCCGGGCAUGCAGUCUGUCGGUGUGUCCUUGGAGUCCUCUCUGGGUUCCUUAACGCUCUCCUGUUGUAGCAGCGGUGUAAGCACAACAAUGUAGCUUCCACUUCCUGAAACAGGUGUUCUCUGGUUUACAUGAGCAGCUCUGAGACACUGCAGGCUAAGUGUUGGUUCAUCAUCAACGUUUUCUCUUCCCAGUAACAUUCACUGAAGAUAGCUUCCUGGUUGCGUCUUUGCACAUUUCAGCUGUGUUUCUGUCUGAUGCGUGACACUGACUCACAGAGUGGGAAACAUGCCUUGAGGGACGUGGAGGAUGAUUGACCGAAUGACAUCACGUAUGGUCCAGGUCAUUCAGCUUUGGAUUUUUUGGUUAUGACACUUUCUCAUUUGAUAACAGGCAGAAUCUCAAAUUAGACCAUAAGAUCUGGACGUAUUGAUUCUUCACUCACAUGUCAUAGAGUUGAAAUCCACUGGUAAAUGCAUCUGGUGAGCUUCCUGCUGUUCUUUUUGAGAGGACGGAAUAUGUAUACGUUUGAUAGCGUAAGAGAACCACUGAUAGGACAAAAAGAAAUCUAAUCAUUUUGAGAAUAAUGUCAUGCUGUAUAUUAUGAGGGUGAAAAAUGUGUAUUUUUUGAAAAAGAAAGUCAUAUUUUACCGACUAUUUUUAGAUAUGAUCAAAGCUAAAAGACAUUUGAAUAGGAUUCUAUGUUUAAUGGUUUGGCUCUGCCUCUUUUUCACCUCAACAUCCUCAAACAUAUUAUACCAAGGUACUCAUUUGGCACAAAAGACGCAGACCACUCAGACAUUUGUUUUUCAAAAUAUGUUGUCUUUUCCUCUUAGAAUUGAAAUUGAACCUCUAAAUAUUGAAACUUCUGUCAUAAAACAUUUCGCCUUUGUUUUCAGGUUAUUUGGUUUCCUACCUUGGCCCCAUCUGUUGUGUGUGUCCUUACAUUGUGUUAGAGUUUGUUUCCCACCUUGUCCCCUGCAUGGAGGUCAAGGUGUUAUAUUAUGUGUUUCCUGUUUAUCCCACAUUCAGUCAUUUCUCCUUUAGGAUCAAUGUGAAAGUCCCUGAUGUGUUCUGGUAGAAUGAUGGAUCUUUGGGUAGACUGUAACUACAUUUGUAUGGCCCAGAUUCUACUGCUGUGUUUGUGUUGGAGGGUAUGUUUGUGUACAUAUUCAUGAUUUCUUGCCUUAACAUUUACAAACGCUACUUGACGGCUGACGGUGUUGACACUACGACUGUUAAAGACGGAGAACAGAGACUUCCAUGACGCUUCUUGUCAUCUCGCAUAUCUGAAUAAGUCCAAUCAUUUGUGUCAGAAGUUAUGAGAAGAUCUUCCUGCUUGAUACAUUAAAAAGGCUCUCAUUGACAUUCCUGCUGAGACCACUUCAGAUUUUCUUCUCAACUCCAUUUUCAGGAGCUUCCAAUAGUUUUCAUUUCUUUACAAGUAGCCAAUGAGCAGCCCAGUGCUGUGUUCAGGGUUCAGUGCCUUGCCUUGCGGCAUAUUGACCGACAUUUUGCAGUUACAUGAAUUGUCUUGCCUCUUGGGAAAACCCCCAUUAACUGGUUUCCAUAGCGACUGUGUGGUGACUGAUGCCCAUUGACCACUACUGACUAACCAGCCUGCGCUAUGAAAUAUGUGACAAAUGCGUAAUUGUCAUUGACUUGCCUUUUGUUUUAAAUGCUGGUAUUGACAUGUCUUGCCAAACAUCCAAUUCCAACUGUUCCUGCUCCAUCUUGUUUUUGUACAUUUCACUGGUAUUGUAAAAAAAAAAACAUAGACUAAACUUUGCAAAUUAUGCUUCUUUUUUUUUUUAAUACAGAUUUUGUAAAAGUCA